ACGAUCUGUUAGGUGGUUUAUCAAUUGAAGCAAAAAAUAGUUUUAUGUACAUUGGGAUGUACUCCAUCAGUUUUUCACGGUUCAAAUUGUCAGUUAUCACUAGCAAUCAAUCCAUCUGUUCCUGCUAAAUAUUAAACUUGAACAUCAAGGUGAAAUAGAACGUUCAGUCACUCCUGAAAGUUAUUAUCAUCUCCUCUUUUAGAUUUAAUACUCACCGUUGUAUGUCGUUUAGCGCAAAAACUAUUUUAUCUGACGAGUUUUGUAAAAGCAAAAUCUAUUCUGUAAUUCCUGUAUAUACUGCAUUUUUCUUUGACACUGUUUAUUUUUCUUAGUAAUGGCAGAUAGCGCUUCCGAAUUAGAACUGGAAUCUGAUGCGAGUUCCGUUGAUGGAACCAAAGACUCAUUGGUUACAAAUGAACAGAUUUUACGACGUAUCGAUUCUUUACAGCAAGAAAAUCGAGUUUUAAAAACUGAGGUUGAAACUUUGAAACUAAAAAUCAAAGGUUUGAACGACUUAAAUCAGCAACUGCGGCGUAAUAGUGUUAGUAUACAAGCAAAAGCAGAACAAGAAGAAGAGUAUAUCAGUAAUACUUUGUUGAAAAAGAUCACUGAAUUAAAGAAAGAGAAAGAAUCGCUAGCAUUAAAUUACGAACAGGAAGAAGAAUGUCUUACUAAUGAACUUAAAAAAAAAAAAAAAAAAAAAAAAAAAAAAAAAAAAGCUCUUGAGCGUACUUUGGCACGUGAACAAGAAAAUCAGGUGAGCAAGUUAAUGAGAAGAAUUGAGAAAUUAGAAACGGAUAUGAAUCACAAACAAGAUUGUUUGGAUCGUUUACGCAGAGAGAAAAUUGAAUUAGAGAAUGCACUUGAACAGGAGCAAGAAGCUUUAGUGAACAGAUUAUGGAAAAAGAUGGAAAAGCUUGAAUCUGAAAAGAAGAUUUUACGAGAGAAAUUAGAAUCUGUUGGUGCCCCGCUGCCAAGCCUUUCAAGUAGCCAAAACCUUGGCAGUAUUUCAGAUGGCAUACAUAACAGUUUAGCAGUCCCCCGUCCUAUCAGUAGCGGACCCGGUAGUCUUCGUAGUUCUUUCAGACAGCACAAUCAUCCACCGCAUACUACAUCUUGUUCAAUUGGUACUUCUCUUUCUGCUGCUCCAUGUCCCGUUUCUCCUGGUAGAAUAUCUACUUCAUCCGGAAGUGAAGAAAAAGCUCCCCAGUCAAGCCAGUGUUCCACGAUCCCCAACGAUGUAUCUUCAAAAUCUAAUAUCUGUGAAUGUAAUGGCGCACCAUUUACACUACCACCUCAAAGCCCAAUGGAUAUCGAUGCAUUAGAUCCUAACGCAAGUGGUGCAACUAGUCCAUGUGGAAGUGUUGGCUUGCAAUCACUCCCAACUACUCCAAGUCACUCACAUUCUUUAAAGAGUCCUUCAACACCUUGCGCUGUGCAUAAAGUGGCUGUUUCUCAAGAUCUUCCUACUAAUCAGCCAUCAGAUGUCGUUCUUAGCACUUCUACUCAUAUGAUCUCCACAUCGUACGUCAAUCGAUUACGUGAUGAAGUUUGUCGUCUACGUAAAUUACUUCAGCGUUAUGAAGCGGAGUCUGCCUCUAAGAUGCCUCAGUAUGAAUCGGAAGAAAAAUCGGUCGCUGAGGAAAACCGGCGUUUGAGGAAAUUGCUUCAGGUUGAGAAAGAAAGACGUGAGGCAUUGUCUAGACAAUUGAGUGAGAGUGAAUCAAGCUUGGAAAUGGAAGAUGAAAGACUGUUUAAUGAAGCUAGUCGUUCCACUCGCCUAAGGACCAUUUCGGAUUGCACAUCUCCAUUUCAACCCCCUGUUCCUGCUCCGUGGACAUCUGGUGGCAAUACAUCUUCGUCACUGUAUGGCCCCGGUCAUGCAUUUGCUGUUGCUGUUGCUGCUGGUGUGGGUGGGCAUCCAGUUUCACGGGUUUGUCGAGAAUGUGGCCAAACAUUAAUUAGUCCUUGUUCAACUGAUUCUACUUCUACAUCAAGUAGUCGGUUAGCAUCAACUUCAUUGCACAAUAAUAAUCAUGUGAGUAGCUUACGUAAUUGUUCUGGUCGUUGUUGCUCUCCAAUCAGUACUGUAAACACCUCAGAGGCACAUUCAGUUCAUACUUCAAACUCCCCUUCUACGCCAACAACAUCAUCUUUAAACAGUGAUCAUUUUCUAAAGCCAACUUAUCCAGCUGCUGUAAGUCCGCAACAAAAUUCAUAA